AUGCCUUCAAGCACUUUCUCAGGAACUGUGAGCUCGCCCAAGCUCUCGGUGGCGAUCGACAUGGGCAAUCCUUUUCUCAAUCUCACCGUCGAUGCCUUCCUCAAGAUCGGAGCUGUUGGAGUCACUAAAUCUCUUGCAGAAGACACUUUUAAAGCCAUCGACAAGGGGAGUCUCUCCAAGAGUAGUAUGGAGGAUGCGCUUAAAAAUAUGUGCAAAGAAGGUGUUUAUUGGGGAUCUGCGGCUGGAAUUUAUGUUGGAACAGAGUAUGGAAUCGAACGAAUCCGUGGGACUAGAGAUUGGAAAAACGCAAUGGUGGCAGGGGCGGUGACUGGAGCAGUGAUCUCUGCGGCUAGUAACAAAGGCAAGGACAAGGUCCUGGUCGAUGCCAUUACCGGUGGUGCGCUUGCCACCGCUUCUAAGUUUCUUAACGAUCAUUAUUUCUACUGA